CAAUCAUGGAAAGCUAACAGUUGGAAUCCCUUGUGCAGGAUCAAUGAGGAUGUUAUCAUCCGCUUAAAAUGGGGACAAACCGAGUACAAAGGUCGUUUGAUCAGUGUGGACUCAUAUAUGAAUGUUCAGCUUUCAAAUACCGAGGAGUACAUUGAUCGCAAACACACGGGAACUCUUGGUCAGGUUCUGAUCAGAUGUAACAACAUUCUCUGGAUAUCUGCAGCCAAAGGAGUCGAGAUGAAUGGUGAAGGAUCGGAUGCAAACAUGGAGGAUUAG